GGGAGGAAUAAACAGGAAGAAAUAAGUCACUCUGACUAAGUGACUACCUUCCAAAGAGAAACACAAGACCGAGCGCUAACACUCUUCCUUCCCCCCAAACAGGAGAAAAGUCCAAAUUUCUUUUUCUCCAUGCAAGGGUACUCAGAGUUUUACUUCAAUGUGGACCAUGGGUACCUGGAAGGACUGGUCCGAGGUUUUAAAGCUGGGAUCUUGAGAAAUGCAGACUAUGUCAACUUAGCACAAUGUGAAACACUGGAAGACUUGAAGUUACAUCUACAAACCACAGAUUAUGGAAACUUCUUAGCCAAUGAAACUGGCCCUCUCACAGUUUCUACCAUUGAUGACAAAUUGAAAGACAAACUACUCACAGAAUUUCAUUACUUUAGAAAUCAUGCUUUUGAGCCACUUGCCACAUUUUUAAACUUUAUCACGUACAGCUAUAUGAUUGACAAUGUGAUUCUCUUGAUAACUGGUACACUGCAUCAACGUCCAAUAGCUGAACUUGUUCCGAAGUGCCAUCCAUUGGGCAGUUUUGAGCAAAUGGAAGCAGUCAGCAUUGCCCAAACACCUUCAGAGCUUUUCAAUGCUAUUUUGGUUGACACGCCAUUGGCUGAUUUCUUUCAAGACUGCUUGUCUGAGAAUGACCUGGAUGAAAUGAACAUUGAAAUAAUGCGUAACAAACUGUACAAGUCUUAUCUGGAAGCUUUUUUUAAGUUCUGUGAAAAGCAAGGAGGUACAACAGCAGAAAUAAUGUGUCCUAUUCUUGAGUUUGAAGCAGACAGACGUGCCUUUAUCAUCACCAUUAAUUCAUUUGGCACUGAGCUGAGUAAAGAUGACAGAGAGAAACUAUAUCCAACUUGUGGAAAGUUGUAUCCAGAAGGCAUACACCUGCUGGCCAAUGCAGAUGACUAUGAGCAAGUGAAGUGUGUGGCAGAUUACUAUGCAGAAUACAAGGCUUUGUUUGAAGGGGUAGGGAAUGGCACAGGAGAAAAGACAUUGGAAGAUGCAUUUUUUGAACAUGAGGUAAAACUGAAUGUGCUUGCCUUCAAUAACCAAUUCCAUUUUGGAGUAUUCUACGCUUAUAUAAAGCUGAAGGAACAAGAAAGCAGAAAUGUUGUAUGGAUUGCUGAAUGCAUUUCUCAGAGACACAGAACCAAAAUCAACAACUACAUUCCUAUUUUCUAAUUCAGAGAAUUUAUAAUUGUAGAGUGCAUAAAAAGACACACUUACUGCAUAUUAGGGGGAAAUUGUUUAUUUUUAAAAAGUAAUUAUUAUCAGAUUUUGCCAAAUGAAUCAAGUGAUAGUUAUCUUUACACAUAGCACAAUGUGAACAAACCAGAACCAAAAUCAUAGAUGCACAUUUUUUCACUUAUUUAAGGAACAUUUGAUAGAUUUGUGUAGACUAUUUUGACUGAGAAACAAAACAGAACAGUGAUCCUGUUUUAAUUUAAUAAAUAAAAUGCCUAUAAAUUCUUGGAAAUAAGUUUUCUAAGCAUGAAGCUUACAAAUAUCGCCAAAUAAUUUAAUUUGGAAUUAGCUAACAAGCUAUUUUCUCUAAGCUCAGGGUUCAUUAUGGGCCAGAAACCACCAUUUGAAUCUUAGAUCAUGAUUACCAGUUUCUUCUUGAGGGAUAUUACAAUGGAAUAUGGAAGACCAACAGAGAGACAAAGUCUGAGGUUACUUUGUAGCUCUUCUGAGGUUUUUUUGCCUACAUUAAACUUCAGGAAAUCCCUGGAACACAUGGCCAGUAGUACAGAGGUUCCAGAUACUGUCAAACCUCAAAUACUUCUCCCUUGCUUUAGAGACAUAUUAUGAGAUUCCACCAAGAUGGCUUUACUUAUUCCUCUCAGGCCGCAUCCAGAGUGGUACGAUGGACAUGUGCUACAUACUUUUCACUGUGCAGACUUACAAAGAUCUAUACUCUCCAACACUUUAAUAUCAACAUUAGAGAUUCUCAACUGGGAUUCCAGGAGAGACUUGUAAGGGUGCCAUGGGGUCCAAGGAGAUAAGUACUUGCUCUUCCCCAUACCCUCCUACCCUGGUCCCUGUGUGAGGAGGUAAGUACUAGCUUGUUCCUGUUGUCUCCCCAUUUGCACCUGGCCCCUGGGCACAGAAGAGAAAACACUGUAAUAAAUAACUUUGUUUUUAAAUGGGGUACUGUUAAAUUCAGAAAAAGUUAUGAACUGGUUCCUGGAGUCUACAGAAGUUGAGAACUACUGAUCUCUAUGUUGUCACCAAAGGAGGGCAUGGAACAUAAAUGAACAUAUCAGCUAAUUCUCUAGCACCUUUAAGUUAGGCAUAAAGAGCAUCAGCUUUGAUCUAUUUAAAGGCCUAGCUCAGAUCAACCACUGAAAAUAUAGCAGACAGUUGAAGUUAAA